AUGGGUGUGGUGGCUGUCAAGAAAGGACCAACGCUGCCUAUCAAGGCAGAAGAGAAAAAGCUCGAGGAGAUCUACAAAGUGGAGUCUUUGCUGACAGACGCUGAGUCGCAGGCAGAAACCUUGGCCUCCAACCCAUUCAAAGACCCUGCAGUUGCCAAGUAUUAUAGCAAUUUGUACGAGGAGGUUGGCUAUGAGUGUCGUCUGGCCUUUGAUCCCGACUUCGAGUGGGAGCCUGAGGAAGAGAAAAAGCUCAUCCGAAAGUUGGAUGUAAGAGUUGCUCUCAGUGCCUGUAUUAUGUUUAUAGGCUUGCAAGUGGACAGAGUUAAUUUGGCCCAGGCUGUCAGUGACGAUUUGUUGCCCGAUCUCGGGUUGAACACCAACGACUACAAUACAGGUAACACGAUUUUUCUUGUGGCUUUCUUGUUGGCGGAAUUGCCCUCGCAAUUGAUUUCCAAGAAGCUUGGGCCCGAUAUUUUCAUCCCCAUGCAAAUGUGUGCUUGGUCGAUUGUUGCUGCAUGUCAGGGUGCCAUGACUGGCAAAGUUGGUUUUUACAUUUGCAGAGCCCUCAUUGGUAUUUUGGAAGGCGGCUUUAUUGCCGAUUUGGUCUUGUGGUUGUCAUAUUUUUACAAAUCCAGUGAGUUGCCUGUUCGGUUGUCGUGGUUCUGGACCUCGCUUUCCUUGUGUCAGAUCUUGACUUCCCUUUUAGCUUUUGGCAUUUUGAGAAUGAGAGGCGUUCAUGGAAUGGCUGGCUGGAGAUGGCUUUUCAUCAUCGAGGGAAUCUUCACCUUGUGCAUCGGUCUCGCUGCUUUUUACCUCAUGGUGCCUUCUGCGGUCCAGACUAAAAACAAGCUCCAUCCAAAGGGUUGGUUUACGGAGAGAGAAGAGAAGAUUGUCGUCAACAGAGUGUUGAGAGACGAUCCCUCUAAGGGAGACAUGCACAACAGACAAGGCUUAUCCGUCAAGAAAAUCGCCAAAGCUGUUUGGGACUACGACUUGUGGCCGAUUUACGCCAUUGGUCUUCUAGCAUAUAUCCCCAUGGGCACCAUUCAACCUUACAUGACACUUACUUUAAAAUCGAUGGGUUUCAGUACUUUCGAUGUCAACUUGCUCACGAUCCCGCAGGCGGUGAUUCAUAUAAUCUUUUUGCUCAUCAUUACAUGGGUUUCUGAACGAGUGAACGAGAGGGCAUUAGUUAGUCUAGCCAUGCCCAUCAUGUCAGUACCUUUCUUGGCUGCUAUCAGGUGGUGGCCAGGCAGUAUGAAGAACGCCUGGGUUACAUGGUUUUUGGUCACUAUGGUGUUGGCUGCUCCAUACAUUCACGCCAUUUGUGUGGCGUGGGUGUCCAGAAACGCCAACUCUAUUAGGUCUCGUUCUGUAUGUUCAGCCUUGUACAACAUGACCGUUCAGCUUGGAAACAUAGCAUCCUACAACAUCUACAGAGAAGACGACAAGCCCUUGUAUCACAGAGGAAACUUCCAGCUUUUCUGGUGUGCUGUUGCCAUGAUACCGUUACUCAUCUUGGUGAAGCUUUAUUACGUUUGGAGAAACAAGAGUCGUGCAGCAAAGUGGAAUGCUAUGACUCCAGAAGAACAAGAACACUAUGUUCAAACCACCACGGAUGAGGGGAACAAGCGUCUUGACUUUAGAUUCGACCAUUGA